AAGUGUUGUUUGUCGUGCGAGGGGAGAGUGGUGAGGCGGCCAUAAUCAAACAAAAGUGUUUUUAGUAAAAUGACGGAUAUUUGAUGCCUUAAUAACGUUUUUAAGUCAUUUUAGUGGCGAUUGUCAAAAAAAGGUAUACAAAUGAGCGCUAAAUUGGAUGUAAACAGACGUGUCUUAGCUAUUCAAGCUAAAAAGAAAAGACACAAGCCUGCUAAAAAGAAAGGCAAAAACGAUAUGAACGGACAUGCUGGAGAAAAUCGACAUAACUCGAAAAAUGAACCGUCUCAUAGCUCCAGUAAUGAAACUAUAGAAGAUCCAGACGAUCCUUACACGAGUGAAGAGGAAGAACAGGAAGAUAGUACGGAUUACCGCAAAGGAGGUUACCAUCCUGUCAAAAUUGGCGACCUCUUCCUUUCCAGGUAUCAUGUAACUAGAAAACUAGGUUGGGGUCAUUUUUCUACAGUGUGGUUAUGUUGGGAUCUCGAAGAUAAACGAUUUGUUGCCCUUAAAAUUGUCAAAUCUGCCGAUCACUUUACAGAAACAGCUCUUGAUGAAAUUAAAAUUUUAAAAUCAGUUCGUGAAUCUGAUCCAGCAGAUCCGAAACGUAAUAAAACCGUUCAACUUCUAAACGAUUUCAAGAUCAGUGGUAUCAAUGGAGUACACGUCUGUAUGGUUUUUGAAGUUUUAGGUCAUCAUUUAUUGAAAUUAAUCAUAAAAUCCAAUUAUAGAGGAAUUCCAUUAACAAAUGUACGUACAAUAAUGAGGCAAGUACUAGAAGGCUUAGACUAUCUACACACCAAAUGCAAAAUUAUUCACACAGACAUCAAACCGGAAAAUGUUUUACUCUGUAUAUCUGAAGAAGCAAUCAGGAGAUUAGCUUGUGAAGCAGCUGAGAUGCAUCAAUUGGGUAUGAAAUUGCCAACUUCCUUAAUUAGUACUGCCCCAGUUAUAGAAACUAAGAUGAGUAAAAACAAAAAGAAAAAACUAAAAAAGAAAGCCAAAAGACAAAAUGAGCUCUUGAGAAAACAGAUGGAACAAAUUAUCGAAAUCGAAGAACAGAAAAAGAUUAAGGAAAAUGGUGAUGUGAAUAUUAAUGGUGGCACAGAAUUUCAUGACAGUCCUCCAAGUCACAGCCCCGAGACGACUCCCGAAACCGAAGUAAAAUUAGACAAUGGAUGUAUCGACGAAAUUGGCGGUGGAGAAGCCACUCAUCCAGAUAAUUCUAUAAUGGAACAGAUGUCUGAAGAUGAUUCUCCACCUCUAAACUCGUCCAACAUUACAAUGGAAAAAAUAGAAUUAGAUCCGGCUUUUGUUGAGUGCGAUUUCGAUGUUAAAAUAGCCGAUCUCGGUAAUGCCUGUUGGGUGGAUAAACAUUUUACAGAAGAUAUUCAAACCAGGCAGUACAGAAGUUUGGAAGUUUUAUUAGGUGCAGGCUACAAUACAUCUGCAGAUAUCUGGAGUACUGCUUGCAUGGCGUUUGAAUUGGCAACUGGCGAUUAUUUAUUCGAACCCCAUUCCGGUGAGGAUUUUUGUAGGGACGAAGAUCACUUAGCUCACAUAAUAGAAUUAUUAGGAACGAUACCGAGAAAAAUAGCCCAGAGCGGAAAAAAUUCCAAACAAUUUUUCAACAAAAAAAGCGAACUUCGACACAUAACGAAUUUGAAACCGUGGGGUUUGGAGGACGUCCUGAUCGAAAAGUACGAUUGGAGUCGACAGGACGCCGAAGAUUUCGCGGCUUUCCUCAAGCCCAUGUUGGAUUUUGAUCCGAAUAAACGCGUAACGGCAUCGGAAUGUUUGAAGCAUCCAUGGUUGUCGCAACAGUGAGCCGAUUGCUCUCUAGGUGACUGAAUCCAAUUUAUUUUUGCUUUGUUCUUUCGGCGAUAGUGCGAUUUUUUUCCUUUUUUUUUUCUCUCUUUUUCAGUAUGCAAAAUUCAUUUCGCGAUGCAUUAUGUCCAAUUAAUUUAUUGAUUAGUUCAGCUGGGCCUUCAUUUAAUGUACAUAGCAUUUGUAAUAGAAAAAAAUUGUGAUGUAUGUGUUUUAUAGACAAUAUAAAUGUCCUCCAUA